GUUUCGGAAUGAAACAGGUUUCCAAUCGCUUAUUAACAAAAGAAAACGGAGAUUUCCGGAGGUCUUUCCAGUCAGCAGACGGAGUGCAAACGCUCAGCCCAAUUUCAACUGUCUUUGUAAGAUCUUACCAAGAAAGCCCCAAAACGUCGUCGCAAUUCGCAAAGCAAAACGGCAGGAAAUUGACUCAAAAUGGAAGAAAUUUGGGCGUUUCCGGCGAGAUCCGCCGAUGUACCAAAAAAGAAAAAGAAAGUUCGUUUUGUAGUGAUUUUAAAUCUUGCCUCCCCCCGUCGCUCCGUCGUCCCCCAACCUUUGCUUCCCCUUGUCCUUUCGGUUGAGAGUGCGUGUGUGUAGACUAUGGCCCAAGGGAGGCAGUAUCUUCAAUUUGUGGCCGCACUUUUGGUGCUCGCUGCGCUGGUCCAAGCGGGUCCUGUGGACAUUCUACCUGGUAGAGGUGGGCAUUCCAUCGUGCAGAGCGGACCGCGCAGUUUUAUGGUCAUUGGCGGCUGGCAAGACUUUAACGCCAACAUUACCGAGGAUCGUAUUAAUGGUCCACAGAGGCAAAUCGUCUCUAUUAGCGGUGACAAUGGUUUCACGCCAAACACUACAGUGAUAGCACCCACCUUGACCAUCCCGCUCUCCGACUCAGCGUGUCAAUUCUACGCCCAAAAAGCAUACUGUGUUGGCGGACUUGGCAACAAUGAUACAGCCCUCUCUGCCAGCAUGGCAGUCAUUGAUCCUGCUAAUCCGCAGGGCAUUCAACAGGUUCCUAUCAUCCUUGGAGGAGUCCCGCUUAGGGACCGCUGGGAUGUUGGUUCCGUUUUGUUGGGGAGCACAAUGUACCUUUACGCUGGAAACGGAAGUGAGGGCUAUCGCGAUGAAGUCGUCGCCAUCGAUCUGACGAUAUCCCCAUUUCAAGCUCGCAGGAUUGAUCUAGCCGGAAGUCUACCCAUCUUUGGCAACAGUCCUUGCGCUGCAGCGAUCAAUUCGACCACGUUUAUCAUCUUUGGAGGACUUCGAAGUGGGCAAGUCAACAGGAUCGUACGGUCAAUUAACAUUGAGACAAGAGAGUACCGCGAUUUGUCGAUUCAAGUAAAUCUCAACUCCGUCAGCGGUGUACCGGCCGUUCGUUCGCGCACUACGUGCAUAGGAUUGAAUGGUCGCUUUUAUAUUUUUGGAGGCCACAAUGGCAAUGGACCUCUCAAUGACUUGUGGGUUCUCGAUCCAAAUACCUUGAUUUGGGAACAGCUUUCCGCCAGCACCGAGGCUACUAUGUUGGAAUUAAACCAACCUACCCGCCGCUUUGAUUCAGUCAUGCACGGAGCCGGUCAACAUCUGAUCAUCUACGGAGGCUACGAUAUCCGCACGCCAGAAGGCAGAUCCUAUGCAAAUGACACCAGAAUCUAUUUCUACAACACAAACUCGAAAAAAUGGACCACUGAUGUCCUGGCUGUAGGCGAUAUUUCAUCUGGCACAGCGCCACCACCGGCACCUGUCCCUGUAUCAACACCGUCAAACGGCACUGCCCCCAACAGCAACAAUACGGGAAAGCAAGACACAAGUACAUCAAGUACAAGCUCAAAUGUGGGUGCGAUUGUAGGAGGCACCGUUGGAGGUGCUGUAGGAUUGGUAGCAGCGGGAGUUGCUAUAAUGGCUAUUCAGCGGAAGAGGACGGGAAGAAAGUCUUUUUGGAUCCCCUCUGAAAAGACAGAACAUACCGUGCUCAACGUGAGCGUCGCGAAUGGCCAGCAGACCGCAAAAGCUUUGCCUCCUGUGCCUGCUAGUGGACCUGGUAGCGCUCCUGUUCGUGUAUCAUACAUUCCUCCAAUCAGUGCUACUCCUCCUCCAAUGACUGUAGCGGCAGCCCCCGCUCGUGAUUCAAGUCGGCCCCUUUCGGCUCUUUCUGUGGCAAGUCAGCCGAAUUCGUUUUCCGAUGAGGACCCUCGUCGUCGAGGACUUCCUCAUGUGGGCGCUGUGCUGUUUGUGCCAGAGCACAAUGCCCGUGAUGAAAUCACCAUCUCACCCAACGACGUGGUUUAUGUUCGUGAAAUGUUUGCCGAUGGUUGGGCCAAAGGGUUUAACCACACAACCCGCGCAGAAGGGUAUUUCCCGUACAACUGCGUGAGAAACACUCAGUAGGAGAUGUCCAGUAUAUAAGGCUAGGUAGAUGGGACGAGCCAUACUUAGAUGUCGUAGCAGCACUUCUGUUAUGUAGAUCACAAUAGGCCUGCAAGUACUCUUUGUAAGAUUGCCUGCGUGAUAGUCAACUGCAUGAUAGUCACUGCAUGGAAUCUAUGUAUAUCAUUUUCAAACAUUUUAAAAGAGAAUAAAACAUUUCCGAGUCCUGUUGA